CCGGAAGCUGUUGUUCUUCUUCGUGGCAGGAGGAGAUUGUUUGUUAGUGCCACGUUGAUGGAGACCAGUGGGGACGUGGAGAUCUGUCUGUAGCCGGGACCCGGUAGCCUCCUUCUUGUUUUUUGUACAAACGCUAAACACAAAGCAGAACCGAAAAGGGAACCUGUACGAGUGGAGGAGUGUUUGUCACUUAUUGUAUGUGUGUGCAUGUAAGAGGGAGCCAAGAAGGAAAGGAUGAAACUUAAAGAGAUCAACCGUACAGCCAUCCAGAGCUGGAGCCCUGCACAGCACCACCCCAUCUACCUUGCAACAGGAACAUCAGCCCAGCAGCUGGAUGCCUCCUUCAGCACCAAUGCCUCCUUGGAGUUCUUCGAGCUGGACCUGACUGAGCCAUCUCUGGACAUGAAGUCAUGUGGCAGCCUCUCCUCCUCUCACAGAUAUCACAAACUGGUGUGGGGCCCCUAUGGAAUGGAUGGGGAGGGCCACCCAUCCGGGGUCCUGAUUGCGGGAGGCGAGAACGGCAACGUCAUCCUGUACGACCCGGCAAAGAUCAUGGCCGGAGAGACCGACGUGAUCAUCGCUGAGAGCGACAAGCACACGGGGCCAGUGAGAGCUCUCGACGUCAACCCGUUCCAGACAAACCUGUUUGCAUCCGGUGGGAAUGAGUCUGAAAUCUAUAUCUGGGACAUGAAUAACUUCGGCUCUCCAAUGACACCAGGACCUAAAACUCAGCCUCUGGAGGACAUCGGCUGUGUGUCGUGGAACCGACAGGUGCAGCACAUCCUGGCCUCAGCCAGCCCGAGUGGCCGAGCCUCAGUGUGGGACCUCCGCAAGAACGACCUCAUCAUUAAAGUUAGCGACCACAGCAACAGAAUGCAUUGCUCCGGUCUGGCUUGGAACCCAGAAGUCGCCACUCAGCUGGUCUUGUCGUCGGAGGACGACCGGAUGCCGGUCAUCCAGAUGUGGGACUUACGUUUCGCUACCUCUCCGUUCAAGAUUUUAGAGAACCACACACGAGGUGUCCUUUCCAUCGACUGGAGCUUGGCUGAUCCCGAGCUGCUCCUGAGCUGCGGGAAGGACAACAGGAUUCUGUGCUGGAAUCCAAACACAGCAGAGGUGGUGUACGAGUUGCCCACCAGCAGUCAGUGGUGCUUUGACAUCCAGUGGUGUCCCAGGAACCCCGCGGUGCUGUCGGCCGCCAGCUUUGACGGACACAUCGACAUCUAUUCCAUCAUGGGAGGCACCGACCAGGCGCAGAGCCAGAGAGACGCCGACCAGAUUAGCAACUCGUUUGGGAACAUGGAUCCGUUUGGCACUGGGCAAACUCUGCCCCCGCUGCAGCUUCCCCAGACGGCUGCCCCGCCAGUGACGGUCAACUCGCUGAAGAAGCCGCCCAAGUGGAUCCGCAGACCCGUCGGAGCCUCGUUCGCCUUUGGUGGGAAGCUGGUGUCUUUGGAGAACCCAAAGCUGAACCCGCAGCAGCCUCAGCAGACCCCGUCGCACGUCGUACACGUCAGCCAGGUCGUCACUGAAACUUCCUUUUUGAAGCGCUCCGAUCGGCUGCAGGCCACUCUGAGUGCCGGCUGCUUCGUGGGUUUCUGCCAGGAGAAGAUCGACGCAGCCGAAAACGAGUUUGAAAAGACUCUCUGGUCUUUCCUCAAGGCUAAUUUUGAAAGUGAUUACCGCAGCAAAUACCUGGAACUUCUGGGGUACAACAAAGAGGAGCUGGCCUUAAAGAUUUCAGCAGCACUGGAGGAAAAGCCUGCUGACCCUCCGCAGGUGGAGGUGCCGGCUCCAAUCAGCCUGCAGCCUUUACCACAACUCGGCAUCGUGCCGCCUGUUGACAAUCCUGAAGCGGCCUUCGAUAUGAUCGCUGCAGCGGCCGUGCAGCCUGCUGACCCCCCUGAGGCGGCGUUUGACAGGAUCGCAGCAGCCGCCGUUCCGCUUGCUGACACUCCCGAAGCGGCGUUCGAUAUGAUCGCUGCAGCAGCCGUGCUGCCUACUGACACUCCUGAAGCAGCCUUCGAUAUGAUCGCAGCUGCCAUGCCGCUUGCUGAUACUCCCGAAGCGGCGUUCGAUAUGAUAGCUGCAGCAGCCGUGCCGCUUGCUGAUACUCCCGAAGCGGCGUUCGAUAUGAUCGCUGCAGCAGCUGUGCCGCUUGCUGACCCUCCAGAGGCGGCAUUCGACAUUAUUGCUGCAGCAAACCUUCAGCCAGCAGCCACGAUGGACCUGGACUCUGCUCCUGCUCCUGAGACUGAAGAGCCAGCAGCAGCAGAUCCAGAAGACGCUCCCCCCGGUGAACCAGAAGAAAAUGUGGACCAGGUUCUACCAGAGGAAGAGGAGAUCCCCUUGGAGGAGGAGGAGGAGGAGACGGCAGCACCAGUGGAGGAGGAGCCCAGUCCUCCGGAGACCUCGGCUCCACCAGUCGAGGAGCUCACGGUGGAUCCAGCUCCGGCUCCUGCUCCAACUCCGGCACAAACAGAUGGAGUCAGUCUCAGCAUCAGUCAAGAUGUGGACGGGCUCAUCACACAGGCCCUGCUGACCGGAGACUUCGAGGGAGCUGUGGAGCUCUGUCUUCAUGACAACCGCAUGGCAGACAGCAUCAUCCUGGCCAUCGCUGGAGGGGCCGAGCUCCUGGAGAAAACCCAGAAGAAGUAUUUUACAAAGACACACAGCAAGAUAACCAAGCUGAUCAGUGCAGUGGUGAUGAAAGACUGGCAUGACAUCCUGAAGACGUGUGACCUGCAGAACUGGAAGGAGGCUCUGGCUGCUGUCAUGACCUACGCUCAGCCCGAGGAGUUCUCUUCCCUCUGUGACCUUCUCGGGGGCAGACUGGAGGCAGCAGAGGACGCCCAACUGCAAGCCCAGGCCUGUCUGUGUUACAUCUGUGCUGGAAACGUGGAGAAACUGGUGUCUUGCUGGACCAGAGCACAGGACGGACACUGUCCACUCUCCCUCCAGGACCUGGUGGAGAAGGUGGUGGUACUGCGGCGUGCGGUGGAGCAGACCCAGCGCUCCGGUCCCACCGCUAUCGGCAUCCUGCUGGCUGAGAAGAUGAGCCAGUACGCCAACCUGCUGGCCUCUCAGGGCAGUCUGUCCACCGCCAUCACCUACCUGCCUGACGACACCAACCAGGUUUCCGUACAGCAGCUUCGUGACCGUCUCAGUCGAGCUCUGGGGCAGCGAGCGGCGACGGCUCCGGCUCCUGCAGCUCCGGUACAAACCCAGAGAGCUCAGGCUCAGCCGCCUGCCCCGACUCAGACUCAGCCCCGGCAUUCGUUCACCCCGAUCCAGCCCGCCAUGGUGCCUCAGCCCACUGCGGCAGCAGCACCAGCAGCAGCUCCAGUGCCCAGGCCUACACCUGCUGCCUCCGCCUCAGCACAGCCGCAGUAUUACCAGCCAGUGAGGGCUGCGUCCACUGUCACCUCCUGGAGUAACCAGACUCCCACAGCCCUCCCCAAUGUCCCUCCUCCUCUUCAAGUAGGCAGAGCCUCAGAGCAGCAGCAGGCGGAGCCUUCAAACCCCAUGUACGGGAUGCCUCCCUCCUGCACAGCGGCCGCACCUCCAGCCUCCUCCAAUCCUGCAUACAUGUACUCCCAACAGUACCAGCCAUACCACCAGGUCAACCAGUACCCACCUGGAGCUGGGGGGGCUCCUUUCUAUCAGCCUCUUCAGUACUCCUCCUCCUCCUCUGCUCCUCCUCCUGCAGAGCCCCCCGGCUUUCUCUCUCAGUACACACAGCCAACAUCUCCGGUCUAUCCCGGACAUCCUCCCAUCAGCCAGUGCCCGUCCUCCUCCCAUCCUCCUUUCUUUCCCUCCUCCUCUUCCUCCUUUUCCGCUCCUCUGUCCUCCGGAGCGUCUUUCCAGCAUGGCGGGCCGGGAUCUCCUGUGUCGUACAUGCCGCCUCCUCCACCGGUCGGAUUCUCAGGACCUCAGAACGGCUGGAAUGACCCUCCGGCCCUGAACAGAGCAUCAAAGAAGAAGCCGGCUCCAAUGAACUACACCCCUCCUGCCCCCAUCACUGCUCCCAUCAUGGCUCCGCCGGGCGCUGACCCUCAGGCCCAGCAGGUCCCCUCUGGGGCCCCACAGGCUAUGGGCCAGGGGCCACACGGUGCCCAGGUCCCCUACUCAGGCAUGCACCAGCAGCAGCAGCAGCAGCAACAGCACCAGCACCAGCAGCAACAGCACCAGCAGCAGCAGCUCUCCCCUCUGCCCAUGAACCCUGCAAUGCCCAAGACCAGUAUGGAGGGGGCACCGGGAGCUCCCACUGGAGAUGUUAUACAGCCUCUUCGGUCCAUCCCCGCUGAGAAGAUCAUGAAGAAGCCGAUCCCCGAGGAGCACCUGGUCCUGAAGAACACGUUUGAGGGGCUCAUCCAGAAGUGCUUGGCUGUAGCUACCGACCCCCAAACUAAGAGGAAGCUCGACGACGCCAACAAACGUCUGGAGGCGCUCUACGACAAACUCAGAGAGCAGAAGCUCUCUCCGGCCAUUGUAGGAGGACUUCAUAACAUAGCCCGGAGUAUAGAGGCCCGAUCCUACGCGGAGGGCCUCAGCAUCCACACCCACAUAGUCAGCAACAGCAACUUCAGCGAGACGUCGGCGUUCAUGCCCGUCCUCAAGGUGGUGCUGACGCAAGCCAACAAACUCGGAGUGUGAUGUCGAGUCUUUGACCGGCGGAGAGUCGCGCUCGCUUCGCGGGGAGCUUUUUGAGGAAGAAUUCUGAGAUGUAUGAAAAUCCUGUUGAAUUCUUCUUUGUGCCAUUCACGUUUUCUGAAACAACUCAAACACAAGCCAGGCGAUCAGUCAUGGUGGUGAAAGGGACUUCUGAGCGCCGCGCAAACUGCAAACCGCUCGCAUACAAUGAAGGGCUAGAGACUAGUUUUAUCAAAGCGCCGCCUUCAUCUACCAACAUGCUAACCAGCUACGCUAACCAUUCGUUUUUAUUUUCAAACUUAGCCACGUAGAGGAUUGUGCAAUAAUUGUGUUGAAGCAUAAUCAAAGUAAAAGCAGGCAAAAUAUAAGGAAAUGCACAGCGUCGGCAUAUUUAACACGGAGAUAAAUAUAAAUAAAUAUGGAAUUUAUAGACCAACUUAAAUAGGAAAAGCAACAGGAGAUUCAGGAAUCAAAGGGCAUUUCUAUUUACUUGUGUUGAGACGAUCAAAAUGUAUAAAAGAAUAUCGCUCAUCUCAAUUCAUUCGGCAUUGACAGCGGACUGCUGAUGCAGUCAUUUAAGAAAUAUUAGCUUGUUCAUCUUCAUAGUCUUUUAACAUUUGUGCACUACAGUAAUGCUCAGCUACCUUUAUAAUCCAUGAAUACAUAGAACUUUCUCUCUAAAAGUACAAAAUCAUGCUUUAUUUUUACAUAUAAAUGCACCGUUGUCUGCACGCAUUUUGCAACAAACCUGCAAAUGACGCAGUUUAGAGAAGACGGAGACGGAAAGUAUUAUGAAUUUUAAAAAACAUGGCAUUAUUUUGAGUUAGAACCAGUAGCCUGAUGCUUUUCUUAAGUACCUAAUAAGACUUUUGUUAGUACUUUCAUCCCCUCUUUCUGCUUUUACCGGCUUACUUUCACCACCGGUGUCGCUACGUAGAACACAUUGGACCAAGAUAUUUUCAGAGUGUGGGAUCUGUCAAUGCAAAGCAAUGCAAUCCCAUUUGUUUAAAACGUGAUGUCUUAUUUCAGUUUUCAGUGUAAUCAUGAGGCUCAGCAAAGUGCAAUGGACUUUUAAAAAAAAAAAGAAGACUUUUAGUGCUUUUAUGGAAUUUUAAAGUUUGCAUGCUUAAACAAACGCCAACAGUCGUCUUUUGACGGCUCUGUAGGUAAAUUAUCUAAUUAAUCAGACCUCAGAAGGAAACAGGAAUUAGACUUGUACUUGAUUUUCAUUCCAACUAUGAUGAGGGCUGUAGUUUAUGUUGUUAAUAAAAGGAAAACAAGUCUUUGUUUAAGAUUGACUACAUGCAAUAUUUUCAAUAAAUAGUAUUUAUUUACAA